AUGAAUGAAAGGACGUUUGAAGCUUUGUGCAAGAUGCUAGCUCAGCGAUAUGGAUUGGAAGAGUCUCACCAUGUCUACCUUGAGGAAUCUGUUGCGAUGUUUCUCGAGACUGUUGGUCAAGAUAAGACGAAGAGGGAUAUUGCUGCAAGGUAUCAAAGAUCGUUGGAUACAGUACAAAGAAAGCUUGAUGAAGUCUUGAGUGCUCUUCUCAAAUUUGCAGAGGAUACAUUAAAACCAGAAGAAGGCGAGUUUGCAAGAGUGAGUCAUGUUUUGAGAAACGAUGAUCGGUAUUGGCCUCAGUUCAGAGAUUGUAUUGGAGCACUUGAUGGAACUCAUAUCCCGGUUCGCUCUCCAAGUCAGAAUGCAGAUGCAUACAGAGGCAGAAAGCAAGAUCCUACAAUGAAUGUUCUUGUUAUAUGUAACUUCGAUAUGAAGUUCAUAUAUGCAUAUGUCGGUGUACCUGGUAGAGCACAUGAUACCAAGGUCUUGGCUCAUUGUGCGAGAAACGAGGCUUCUUUUCCACAUCCUCCUCCUGGAAAGUAUUAUUUAGUUGACUCCGGAUAUCCGACCAGGACAGGGUAUCUUGGUCCGCAUCGUAAUAUGCGAUAUCAUCUUGGUCAGUUUGCUACAGGAGGACCACCGGUUAGUGCAAGAGAGUUAUUCAACCGAAAGCAUUCAGGUCUGCGAUCAGUGAUUGAGAGGACAUUUGGAGUAUGCAAAGCAAAAUGGAGGAUUUUGGAUCGGCAUCCUAAGUAUGGUCUGGUCAAGUGGAUUAAGUUGGUGACAGUGACGAUGGCGCUAUACAACUUCAUACGUGAUUCACAUCGGAAAGAUCAUGAUUUUGUACAGUGGCAAAAUGGUGAUGAUGGAGAAGGAGAAGAAGCUGAUAGUGACGGUGAUGAAGAAGAAGCGUCAGCGAAACGAACAACAACUGUCCUCAUUGACGCUGACGCCGCCGCCGACGUAGAUGCUGUCGUUGACGCCGAAACCUGCGGCAACAAUAAGGUAAUGGAGAAAGUAAAGCAAGAGACAAACAACUACAAGCAACCCUUAAGCUUUAUUAGAAAUCUCCUUGUACACUCUAUUACAAGUUCUGCUUAA